GGAGACACCCUGGAAGCGCCCGGAGAACCGCGGAUAUCCACGCGGCACGGAUGCUUCGUGACCCGCGGCACGUGCGAAGAGACGGCGGGGGAACCGGCGGCAGCCACCGGCCGAGUGCUGUUGGUCAAGAAGAUCAUCAUGAAGGACGGAGCUGGGCUCCAGCAGGGCAUCGGCAGGCCCAGCGUGUAUCAUGCCGUGGUGGUGAUCUUCCUGGAGUUUUUCUCCUGGGGUUUACUCACCACACCCAUGCUCACUGUUUUGCAUGAAACAUUUCCCCAGCACACAUUCCUGAUGAACGGACUCAUUCAGGGCGUGAAGGGUCUGCUGUCAUUCAUGUCUGCGCCUCUGAUUGGUGCGUUGUCAGACGUAUGGGGCAGGCGGUCCUUCCUUUUGGUCACCGUCUUCUUCACCUGUGCUCCAAUCCCUCUGAUGAGGCUCAGCCCCUGGUGGUACUUUGCCAUGAUCUCCAUGUCUGGAGCUUUCUCCGUGACUUUCUCAGUCAUCUUCGCCUACGUUGCCGAUGUUACGGAUGAGAGAGAGAGGAGUACAGCCUACGGUCUGGUGUCGGCCACCUUUGCAGCCAGCCUGGUCACGAGCCCGGCCAUCGGAGCGUACCUUUCCGCCUGGUACGGGGACAGUCUGGUGGUUCUGGUGGCCACGCUGAUCGCUCUGGCUGACAUCUGCUUCAUCCUGCUCGCCGUGCCCGAGUCUUUGCCCGACAAGAUGAGGCUCAGCAGCUGGGGGACACCCAUUUCCUGGGAGCAUGCCGACCCAUUUGCUUCUCUGAGGAAGGUGGGUCAGGACUCCACAGUCUUACUGAUCUGUAUCACCGUGUUCCUGUCUUACCUACCUGAGGCCGGACAGUACUCCAGCUUUUUCCUUUACCUGAGACAGGUCAUAAACUUCUCCUCAACAACCCUCGCGGUUUUUAUAGGAGUUGUGGGCAUUCUGUCCAUUGUAGCUCAGACUCUCUUCCUCACUCUGCUGAUGAGAACUCUGGGUACUAAAAACACUGUUCUGUUAGGUUUGGGCUUCCAGAUCCUUCAGCUGGCCUGGUACGGCUUUGGAUCAGAGCCAUGGAUGAUGUGGGCUGCUGGUGCUGUAGCAGCGAUGUCCUCCAUCACCUUCCCAGCAGUUUCUGCUUUGGUGUCACAGUCUGCUGAUCCCGAUAAACAAGGCGUGGUCCAGGGGAUGAUCACAGGCAUCAGAGGUCUGUGUAACGGCCUCGGCCCAGCCCUGUACGGAUUCAUCUUCUUUCUCUUCAAUGUCGAGUUUAACUCCAUGGACCCCAUCCAGGGAGACUACAACAUCGACCCCCUGCCACUGCACAGUCCCACUGAGCGAGCGCUAAUCCCAGGCCCGCCCUUCCUGUUAGGGGCAUGCACCGUGGUCAUCGCUUUCCUCGUCGCUCUCUUCAUCCCUGAGAAAACCUCCUGCUCCUCCUCUUCCUCCCAGCUGUCCCUCAACGACAAGCCCCACCCAGACAGCAAAGAGUCCAUGUCCUCGCUGGCCGGUGUCCACAUCAACACACCGCUGCCAGGCAGCGAUGAGGAGAGCCCGCCCGCAGCCUGCGACGCGGACUUUGAGCCGCUGCUACACGACAGCAUCGUUUGAUGGACAGGUGGAGGGCGGGGCUAAAGGCGUGGUUUGAUCGAGUGACGCUUUGUAACAAAGAACACAUUUUUUUUGCCAUCCGGCAGAACUAAGUGUACUUUUACUGAUUGGCUGGAGGAAGCUAUUUGCUGGCAGGUGGGACUAACAUUUUUAUUCACAGAUCUGUGACAUCAUGUGACCAGUGAGGUAAUGAUUCGUCAAAGAGCUGCAAACAAGAUGUCAUCAUGCGAUCGGAGAGAGGAAUCAAAGACGAUUAGUUGCCUGACAGGAAACAAGAGAAGGGACCAAGUUUUGUGUAGUUUUUUGGGGUUUUUUGUUUUUUUUAAUGGCGAAGGAGGCGUGGCUGGCUUAGGGAUCCGCCCACUUUAACAGAAAGUAUAUUUGAGGUUUUCACUGAAGGGUUUUUGUUCAUCUUUAAUCUUUAAGAAAAGGUGUUUUUACCUUUUAGCUGUAUCAUUCUGACGCUGUGUUUUUUCUCUGGUUCUUGUACAAAAGAAACACGUCUGCAUCGUAUUUAAGGCAGCCAAAACAUCUGUGUUGAUUUAUACUCUCUCUUUUUAUUGUUGUUGUUGUUAAGGUUUCUUUUUUUAGUUACAGGUAAUGCUAUUUUUUUAAAUUUUUUUUAAUUGUACAGUACCUUACUUGCUAUGAACUAAGAGUGCUAACUGAGGUGUGAAUGUGACAAGCUGAGAGACGACUCAACCACCUGAAAUAUCAAUUUAAUCUUUUUCUUUCUUUCUUUCUUUAAAUGUAAACCAGAGCAAAACUAAAGCUCAGGCGAUCCAAGAGAUGCAGAUAAUUUUUUAAAAACUUUUUAUUCUCAACAGAGCCUCUUCACCACAUAGAUUUUACUUUUAUUUUUCCCACUUUAGUGUACCAGUUUGUGACUCUACCUCACAAUCAACCUUGUUUUUCUUAUCUUCCAUCACUUGUGUUUUAUUUUUUUAUCUUUCAAAGUCACUUUAUAAAAGUGCUGCUGGCUGCUGGCAGUGGGAACAUCCUCACACGGCUGUACCUGUGGCCACCCAGUGUCUUUGCCUGUCUUCUUCUCUUCAACUGGGUGCUUUAGCCUCGCUGUAUUUUCAUGCAAGUUUUACUUUUAACUUGCAAAAAUACUGCCGACACGACGUGUAUGUGUUUCCCCUGCCAGCAGUGAUAAUUCCUGUGAAUGAACUUAUACUUGAAGCACCGGAGAGCGAUUCUACAAGAGCUUUAGAGAAGAUUUCCAACGUAUGCUGAGGAGUUUAAGUGUAUAAAUGGCACAGAGUGUACAUAGUGACCGGCUUUAUGACCUUAAAAUGUAAAUGUACAUGUGAAUGAUAUUAUGGUUUGUACAUAUUGUCACUGAACUGUGGGAUUGGCUUGCUUGUUGUGGUUGUGUGGUAGCUCAGUGGGAUGGGGGUGGGGGGGGUUCGACUACGCAGCUAAACUGUUAUACAAGACCAACAGUCAUUUUUAAAUUCAUUCAGGUCACACGGACGCCCAGUCCAUUUUCUCUUUCUUACACCUGAGUAUAUUUACCUGCACACUAGUAUCCCAAUGAUCAGUAUUUAUGUGAAACUCAGUUUCACCCACCAAACAGGUUUCGACUUUCUGCAAAAGAAACAAAAAAAACCCAAAACACAUCAGGUUUUAAUUUACUGAAACUUAAAAUUAACAGGAAAGUACCUCCUGUUAAGAUAAGUAAAACAGACUUUUUGCCUUAA